AUCUUCAGAAGAGCUGCGCUCAAGCGCUCUAUAAACUGUCCAUAGAGCUUUCGAGUGCCUUUUUUCGACUAGUUUUCGGAGUGCCAAGUCUUAACUGCGUAACAGAGCGUCGAGGGAAGUUGAACAGCCAUGAAGCAACUUCCUGUGAUUUUCCUAUUCAUGCUCCUAUGUCAAAGGAAUUACGAGUCCAGGACAGUUGAUAGGUUUGCAGAAUACAACGAGAUCAACGCAACAACUAAUUAUUCAGUUUUGGAUGACAAACGAGCAGAAAACAAGGUGCUUGAAGACGCACUGCGGAAGUUCAAUCUCAGUGCACACUCCAACUUGGCGGCCACUGGCAACAAGAGCAAUUCACAUCCUAUAACAUCAUUGGAACUUUACUACCACUCUGAGAGACGGGUGCCAAGUCAGAUCACAACAAAACAUUGCAAGCUAUAUCUUUUCUAUGAAAAGUGCGUGCCAGCGGGAAAAGAAAUCUCACCAGGAAAACUAAGCAUGUGCUAUACAUGCAAGAGGAUCUACCACGUCAGCUAUAACUGUUAUCCAAGAGUCCUCAAAGCAGAAGUUUGUGAUAGGAGUAACGGUGAUUGUGCUUUCGAUAAUGGUAGACCACAAGGCACAUGCAUUUCUACUUAUUCUACAGUAGCGUUACUAGGAAGUGUAGGAAACGACAACUGUACAUUUCUGCCUGAGGCCUUCGAGAUGCCAACUGGUUGCCAAUGUGCGCUCAGAAAGCACUCGGCUCUAAAGGCAACAUGGUACAGUCCAUCAAUCCAGCGGCAAACCCUAUCUGAUAAACGAUAACAUUUAUUUGUAUUUUUGUG